AAGAAGACAUGACAACCUUACAGAGGCAGCUGUCUCAGCUUCAGCAACAACUCAAGACCACAAAGCAAAACCGGAACAGCAAAGAACAGCAACUUGAGACCGCCAAGCAGAACCUGAACAGCAAAGAACAGCAACUUGAGACCGCCAAGCAGAACCUGAGCAGCAAAGAACAGCAACUUGAGACUGCCAAGCAGAACCUGAACAGCAAAGAACAGCAACUUGAGACUGCCAAGCAGAACCUGAACAGCAAAGAACAGCAACUUGAGACUGCCAAGCAGAACCUGAACAGCAAAGAACAGCAGCUUGAGACUGCCAAGCAGAACCUGAACAGCAAAGAACAGCAACUGCAGCAGGUGAAAACUGAAAAUAAAAGCCUACAAACUGCACUCAGGCGUGAGAAAAAAGCCCCGAAAAUCUCAAUCAACCUGAGUCGGAGCUUGGAACAGGAAAACAGUCGUCUGAAGGACCAGGCAGUGACUGACAAGAGGAAGUACAAAAGACUGAAAGAGCAGUCCGAAGCUGACAGAAGAGAGAUCAAACGACUGAAGAGGCAGAUCUCUGCGUCCCUCAGUAUUUCGUAUGAGAUGACCUGUGACCCCCGCGGGGUGGCAGUCAUCAUCAACAACAUCCGGUUUGAGGACAUGGCAGACCGGGAGGGGGCUGAGGGGGACACGG